AUGGCAAACCGCCCGCGUACAGUUUUAAUCACAGGUUGCUCCAAGGGCGGUAUUGGACACUCUCUUGCUUGCUCAUUUCAUGAUGCAGGGCUGCUUGUUCUUGCCACGGCUCGUGAGUUAAGCUCCAUGGAAGACUUGGCGACGCGAGGAAUCAAAACCUUCACUCUCGAUGUCACGUCGCCGGAAGACAUCCAGAGAGUGCGACAACGAGUCGAAGAGCUCACUGGACAUGGGCUAGACUUUCUAGUAAACAAUGCAGGCAAGAACUGCACUGUUCCUUGCGUCGAUAUUGCGGAUGACGAUAUACAAUCUACUUUUGAGACAAAUGUAUUCUCCGUGAUGCGAAUGGUUAGAGAAUUCACCCCUCUGCUCAUUCAAGCCAAGGGAACUAUCAUAAACAUCGGCUCAGUGGCCGCCGUUAUUCCUUAUGUUUUUAGCGGUAUCUAUAACGCAUCAAAGGCUGCACUUCAUGCUUACAGCAACACUUUGCGACUUGAAUUAGCCCCGUUCGGUGUUAAGGUAAUGAUUGUGGUUACAGGAGGUGUGAAAAGCAGAAUAACCCGGACUAAACGGACGCUCGGAGAGGAUAGCAUAUAUCUACCUAUUUCCGAUGCCUUUGAACGCCGGGUUACACACUCACAAGGUAUUCUCUGCUUUUUCUUGUCAGUGGUUCAUCAUGCUUAUGUUUGA